CAAAACAUAAUCAAAAAAAUUAUAUUAAAAAAAAAGAAAAUUAAAUAUAUUAUUUUUUACCUUUCUCGAAAAACAAAGCCGUGUUGAUAUUUGGAGAAGAAAGAGAGAUUAAAAGCUUUCAUAUGUUUCUCCUUCUCAACAUAUUUUCUCUCUCCUAAACCAAAAAAAAAAAACUGCGAAAUUUUUUAAAUGGAAGCAUUCAUGGAUGAACUUUUGAACUUCUCUGUACCAGAAGACGAAGGAGCGCUCGCUCGUUCGCCCAAGAAUAUCGCUCGCCGGAAAACUGGAUUACGACCAACGGAGUCCUUUGGUUUAUUAAAUCCCGACGACGACCUUGGAGAGGUUGAGGAAGAAGAUUUGGAGUGGAUAUCGAACAAAGAUGCUUUCCCUGUCAUCGAAACAUUCGUCGGGGUAUUACCGUCGGAACAUUUCAUUGUCUCGUCGCCGGAGCGAGGAGUGACUGAAGGAAAACAGUUGAGUCCGGUGUCAGUACUUGAGACGAGUAGUCAGAACAUAUCUACUGUAACUACGACGACGACUACAACUACGACGACGACGACCACCACCUCCAACAACAGUAGCGCAAGUAACAGAAGCGUCCCGACGAUGAUUAGUUGCUGCGUUAAGUUCAAUGCGCCCGUUAAGACAAGAAGCAAGCGUAGGAGGAGGGACGAUUUGAGAAUUUUGUGGUCAGGGAACGAUGAGCAAGGAGGAGGAGGAGGAUAUAAGAGGAAGAUGACGUCGGUUGCGGCGGCGGGUAUGGGAAGGAAGUGUCAGCACUGUGGAGCGGAUAAGACGCCGCAGUGGAGGGCGGGACCAUCGGGACCGAAGACGCUGUGUAACGCGUGUGGCGUGAGGUACAAGUCAGGGAGGCUUGUUCCCGAGUAUCGCCCUGCUAAUAGCCCCACUUUCUCCCCCGAGUUUCAUUCCAACUCUCACCGGAAGAUUGUGGAGAUGAGGAAGCAUGUUAUGCCCGGUGAUGGUGGUGGUCGGAAUGAUUGUGGUUAGAAACUUGUUAGGAUAAUUUUCUUGUUCUUGAGUUUGUUCUAGGGUUUUGCAGUUGGAAUUUAGUUUUUAUUUUUAUUUUUAUUUUUUUUACCUUUUUAAUUUGUGAAAUUAGGGGUAAUUAUUAAUUAGGAGAUACUAUGGUCAGUCAAUGGAAGAUUACUUUCUCA